AUGGGUGGGACCAUCCAUGAAGCAGCUGGCACAGUAUAUGAGGACCUGAGGUAUAAGCUCUCCCUGGAGUUGCCCAGGGGCUACCCUUAUAAUAUGCCUACAGUAAAGUUCCUCACGCCCUGCUACCACCCCAACGUGGACACCCAGGGUAACAUCUGCCUAGACAUCCUGAAAGAUAAGUGGUCUGCACUGUAUGACGUCAGGACCAUCCUACUGUCCAUCCAGAGCCUGCUAGAACCUAACAUCAAUAGCCCUUUAAACACACUUGCUGCUGAGCUCUAG